AUGUCCACAAUACUCUCAUCGCCAUUGACCAAGAAACUAGUCGCAACUGCAGUGGAUUUAAGUCCCGUUCUUAGUGCAGCACGUCAAUUCGUCAUUUCAGAACCGUUAGUUUUUACCGUUCGUGAAGUCUGUACUCGGGAAGAAUGCGCCGACUUGAUCGCUCUCUCUGAAUCAAACAAUUAUGAAGUAGCAUUAAUCAACGUCGGUGGCGGACGACAGGAACUCCGAACGGAUGUCCGGAACAAUUCACGUUACAUUCGGGAUGACCCCGUACUUGCUGAAUCGCUCUGGCAACGUGUUCGACAAUUUGUUCCCGAGACUUGGAAUGGGUAUACAGCGGCUGGAUUGAACGAGCGGUUCCGAUUCCUUAGAUAUGACCCGGGGGAAGAGUUUAAAGCGCAUUUGGAUGGCAGCUAUGUAAGACCGGAUGGGAGCGAGCGGAGUUUUCUAACUUUGCAAUUAUAUCUGAAUGAGGGGUUCGUCGGUGGGGAGACUUCGUUUGUUGCCAAUUACAGUGAAGCAAAAGUGCCUGUGGUUCCGGAAACAGGAAUGGUGCUUGUUUUCGAGCAUCCUCUUUGGCAUGAAGGUUCCAAGCUUAUUGAGGGUAGAAA